CUCAGGACCACAGGUUAAGAGAAGCUGAAGCCGGCAGGGAGAGGCCGACAGGCCCGGCUCUGGUGGCUCCAGCUUCCCUCCAGCUCUGGCUCCCGGGGCUGCUUUGGAAUCCUCUCAGUGACUGCUAUUUCCAUGAACUUGGCUGGACCUCACAGAGCUGAGUCCACAAUGCGCAGGCACGAGGACAAAGACGCCGAGCUGGACCGCAGGAUAGCUGCCCUGCGCAAGAAGAACCAGGCCUUACUGCGCAGGUACCAGGAGAUCGAGGAAGAUCGUCGCCAGGCAGAGCAGGGGGGCAUGGCUGUGACCACACCAGGGCUCUUCCAACCUGACAGCCUCACAGUGACCAUCAGCCAGGUUCCUGGUGAGAAGAGGGUGGUCAGCAGGAACUGGGCCAGGGUGCCCCCUGGAAGGAUUGAUGCGCUGACAGAUGACAAUGCUGCCGCCUUGACGGGCACUUUCUGCAUGGGGGACCGGGUGGAACUAGCUGUCACCAUGGAAAACAAAGCCAGGGCCAAACGAAUCGUGAGUGAAAAACCCACCACCCAAGCAAGGACCCCAAGGGCGAAGGGGACAUCUGGAGGAGUCCGGGGCCAGAGCUCUCCCCUGCAGAUGGGUUUCAGCCCAGAUUCAGCAGGGAAGGGCGGUCUGGAGCCCCGGAGUCCAGGCGUGUCCCCAGGCCCACCUCCCCAACAGCCUGUGGGACUCCCCCCAGAGGCCAACUGGGACUACAAGCACUGGAAGCAGGAGCGAGAGCAGAUUGACCUGGCCCGUCUUACCAGGCACAAAAAUGCACAGGGUGACUGGAGCCGCCCGUGGGACCUGGAUAAAGCCAAGUCCAUGCCACAGAACUGCAGCAAGCCUAGAGAUAAGGACUGGACCCCGGGCAGAAAGGGUCCUAGGACCCCUCAGAAGCUACAGCCCCCACCACCAUCCAUGGAUGGAAAGCGUCAGGAUGAACAAUCUGGAAGACCCUCGGUGACACCCACCAUAGGCAGCAAAGCCCAGGGGAAGGAGAGGCUGACUGGCAGAGCCCGAAGGUGUGGCCUGAAAGAAGACGAGAAGCUGCAGAGCCAGGAGGGAAGUCAGAGCACCACGAAGACUCCCAGUACAGAGGAAGAGCAUGAACAAAAGCAGAAUGAAAUGGAACCAGGCAGACAGGAGACCAUCCCUGCCAUCAGUCCAGUUCUGGCCUCCCCAGAGGGGCUAAAAGAGGAGUCAGGAACCUCUACUACAGUCAGUGUGGCCCUAGACACCCCACAAAAUUCUGAUUUGGCUCCUCUUGACCUCUCUCUAGGAGGAGCUAGCAGCCCCAAGCCUGAAAAAAGUACAUGUGGACUCAGUACAAGGUGUGGGAUUCCAGAAAGUCCAGUACCACGGCCAACUGGUUCUGAGCAGCAGACCUUGGCAAGGCAUGACCACCAGUCUGAGUUGGCAGGCUGCAUUUAUACUGAGCCACUGAAAGAAGCAGAGGCCUCAGGGUCCAAAGAGGACCAGGCAGGUAAAGCUGGGGCCCAGCAGAACCUGGCACUGAGAAGCAGGCCCCCCCAGAGGAACUGGCCAAAGGGCAAGAGGCACAAGUAGAAGAACCGGGGCAGGAGGCCCUGGCCCUGCAGGAAGCUGCUGAGCAAAGCUCAUGGGAGUUGGGGAGCCAGGCUGUGGAGGAGAGAGCUCAAUCAAGAACCUUCUGCAGGACAGGGGUCUGGCUGCUUGUGGCUUGUACCUUUGUGGUCGAGCAGUGUGGCAAAAUUCCGCAGGGGCACCGCGUGAGGGCCUCCUCUGCACAUCUCUCUACGCAAGUGGGCUUUUACAUAUGGGCAAGGACCCUGGCACAUUUGCCACACUGGGCUCUCUUGUCCAAGGAUGGUAUCCCUGGCCUGGGCCUACUGCUACCUAGGAUAGGGCCCUUCCCACAAAGCAAGAGUUGGUAGUACCCCAGAAUGUGGGUCUCCUGGCUCCUUGUCAUUCCAUAUUGCCAGGUCACCCCGCCCAGUCAGAGCUUUCGGGUUCUUCAGCUUUAGGUAGUCUCAGUGCUGGUGUGGCCAGCCCAGCCCCUUUCUGAUACCCAUGCCUUGCAUCCAGGUGACUCACAGUCCUGGCCUUCCAAGAUGGCCAAACUGGGAUUUCAACAAUUGCCCAAGGCCCAUAGAAAGUGGGUUGGGGCUCAUGGCUGUCAGGAACAAGGUUGGAGUGGAAGGCUUCUUGAAGGAAGGGAGGCAUCGGAGGGCCUCUUCUUUGAUCUGGGCUAGGCUUCUCUUGUCCGUGGCCACAGGUGAAUGGAAGAGUUCACUGGCAGGUACUGAGUCUGCCUCUUCUAUAUCCAGAUCAGACAUCGUGGGCGCCCUGAAUGGACCCUGCAGACAGGGCCAUUUCCUGACCUUCCUUCCUUCCUUCCUUCCUUCCUUCCUUCCUUCCUUCCACAUUUCCCCUCACCAGGGCCGUGCAGAAGCCAGAACAUAGGCGGAGACAGAGGAACAGCAACCUCAGCUCAGUACGACACCGGGAUGUGUUGUUCUCGCUCAGUCUCCAUCCAGGCCCCUCCCACGGGGCCCACGUCUGGUGAAUUAUCCAGACUCUGCACAAGCUGUGGCUUCCUUUCAAUACAACAAACAUUUCCUGAGCAUCUUCUCCCAGUGAUCCAGUCAGUGGGAGGGCGACUCUGCCAGCAGGAGGGAGGGAAGGAGCUCAGUCAUCGACAGCUCCAGGCUGAAUGGCAAGUGCUGUUCUCCUCUGUAGAUGCCUGGCAGCCUUGGGUAUGACGAGGGUAGCAGCCUGAGAGAGCCACCCCACCUUUGCUUCCUUCUUUUGAUAUGGCCUGUGCCCUUGCUCCCAGGCCCUCAUCUGGAUAGCACCAUGCAGCCCCUCCCCUUUCUUCUCUACAGGGUGUGUGUGUGUGUGUGUGUGUAUGGUGGGGGUCUCACAACAAUCCUCUGAAACUCUAGGGAAAGCCCACACCAUCUCCAUCUUUACAUGUGUGGCCUGAAACCUGGGCUCCAGUCUUGGCCUUCCUUCCUGGCUCUUGGGUCUAUUGCCUCUACUCAGGCAGUGUGAAUCUUCGAGCAGGUCAUGUUGUUUAGAGACUUCUCGCACUCCGGGUGCAGGUUGAACCCAGGGGGUCUGGGGAAGGUCUGGGUGUUUGCUUUUCUAGUAAGUCCCAGGUGAGGGAGGCAUGGCUGCUCUUUUUGGCCUGAAGCACCCUUUGAGGAGUUGGGUUCUGGAGUGGAGUGUGUGAAGGAUUCAGGUUAGAGCGAAGUCUACACUCUAAGGCCAGUUGCUGGCUAUGCUGGAACUAGGGGAGUGCUGGCCCUGCCGAGUAGAAGAGGCUUCCUGGCUUCUGAGGCUCCUGCAGAAGAACCUUUGGGUAGUGGGUAGUGGAGUCUGCUCUACAGUGGAUGAAAAGGAAGCUGGCUAGGGAGGGAUGUGACCGGAUGAAGCGGGCAGGAGGGUCAGCGGAAGUUUGGAGAGGCAGAAAAACAUUCUUGUACAUGUGAGACAUGCCUGGGCCAGAAUGAAGGAUCCAAAUUCAAGUUUUUAUCCUGCCUUCCAGUCUCAAGUCUAGGUCUUUGGAGUGUGACACGGGCCCUGGAGCUCAUGACUCCUAAGAGAUGGGACUGGAACAGAGCAGGGUCAGGCAGAGUUCUUGAAUUCAGAUACUGCAAAGAAAUGAUGGUGAUCAAGAAUUCGAAUUCUUGGCUAGGGUGCAGGUUGGGAGAGCUCAUUCUCAGCAUACGUGAGGCCCUAGUUUCAAUCUCUAGGAUCCUCAAGACAGACAGACAGACAGAGAGAGAGAGAGAGAGAGAGAGAGAGAGAGAGAGAGAGAGAGGAGAGAAAGAGAGAGAGAGGAGAGAAAGAGAGAGAGAG